AUGCCUGUGUUUAGUGAACGAGCGCUCAAAAAGACCAUACCAGUGGCUUUACUGAUCUUUUUCAUCGUGCUGAUGAAUCUGGUCAUGGUAUUCCGCUACUUGCUACCCCACAACGACCCUCGUUUAGAGCCGCCGGUGCAGCACAACAGAUCAGACCUUCCGCCUUACGAACCACCUUACUAUGGAUUGAAGCUUGUUCGGCCCAAAGAAAAAAAAUUCACCAGCCAAGCAAUCGAGGACUAUCUCGACUCAUUAGCAUCUACCAUGAAAGACAAGGACCUAUAUACGCUGCUGCAGAACUGCUUACCAAACACGCUGGAUACAACGGUGGAAUGGGUUAGCAGUGAUAAAAAGGAUCCAAGGACGUUUUUGAUAACAGGGGAUAUUCCUGCCAUGUGGAUACGUGAUUCAACAAAUCAAAUCACCCCUUAUUUGAGGUUUGUACAGCAAGAUCAACAGCUCAAAGACUUGGUAUUUGGUGUCAUUCAAGUACAAGCAAGCUAUUUGCACUAUGAUCCCUAUGCCAAUGCUUUCCUAAGACCUUGGUACGCACCAAAAAAGGAAGGGCAGAAGAGAGGCUCCACAUCAGACCGUGUAGUACCACCUUAUGAUCCAGACAUUGUAUGGGAAUCCAAGUACGAGUUAGACUCCAUUGGUCAUUUCUUUCAGUUGACCAACGAUUACAUGGAAGCAACGGGCGAUGUGGAAAGAGUAGUGACAUCGCAAGAUUGGUUGAAGGCCAUUCCACGCCUAUUUCAAGUCUUGAGAGAUCAAAUGGAGAAUACAUGGCCAUCCAGUCAAGUCAGAUUAUUCGAGCCAAACGCUUCUUUAUCAGAGGAUCCUGAACCAGUGUCAUUGAAAGACGGCUAUCGAUUCAGAAGAUACACAGACAGACCUACAGAGACGUUGGGAGAAUAUGGCAUCGGAGGCAUCACGAGAAAGUGUGGGCUAGUCAGGAGCGCUUUUAGACCAAGCGACGACUCUACCACGUUUCCCUAUCUAAUUCCCUCCAAUGCCCAGCUAUCAGUGCAACUCAUCAAGCUGAGCAAACACAUUGAACUCUACUUGAAAUCGGCUCAGGCACAAGGAGAAAGCGAUCGUUUCCAUGUACAGUACAAUGUGGGUAUCAAGGCAAAGGAAUUGGGAGAAACAGUGCGUAGAGCGAUCUACGAGCAUGCCGUGGUGAAGCAUCCUGUCUUUGGCCAAGUAUUUGCAUUCGAAGUGGAUUGCUAUGGCUCCCAAUUGCUGAUGGACGAUGCCAACACACCUUCGCUGCUGAGUCUGCCUGUAUUAGGGUUCACUGACAAGAACGAUGCCAUCUACCAAAACACCCGAGACUUUGUGCUUUCAGAGUGGAACCCGUGGUUCUUUCGGGGCAGCUUUGCAAGCGGUAUAGGCGGACCACACACAGGUCAAGACAUGGUUUGGCCCAUGAGCCUGCUCAUGCAAAUACAGACCUCUUCCUCCGAGAAAGAGAUUCGAUACUUGAUUGAUGUAUUGAAGCGCAUGGCGAGAAAGACGGGCAGUCUUAUGUGCGAAUCCUUCAAUGUAAAUCAUCCCAGCCGUUUCACUCGACCUUGGUUUAGUUGGGCAAAUGGAUUAGCGGGCACUACCAUUCUUAAAGUGAUUCAGGAAUUUCCGCAUUUAGCUUAA